AUGGGUGACUGGCCGCUUUGGUCGUUUUGUGCGCAGCAUCCCGUCUUUGGGAUUGCUUUACUGGGUACCCUGGUCCUUGUUGCAACCUGGAGACUGAAUGAAUAUGUCAAGGCUCGAAAAUACAGAUUCCCGCCUCGGAUACCGGGGGUACCGAUCUUCGGCAACACUUUUCAACUACCUCCUUUGAAGCAGGGACUAUGGGGCAUGGAAAUGGCAAAGAAAUACGGGGAGAUGUUCACUUGUAGUAUUGGUGGUAAGACAUGGGUCUUUCUGAAUUCGUCACGCACCGUCAACGACUUGAUGGAGAAGCGGUCGUCCAUCUACUCUUCGCGUCAAUACAUGCCCAUGGCAUCGGGCGUUCUCUCGGGCGACAAUCGAGUUCUGCUCAUGCCAUACGGGGAACGGUGGCGGAUGAUCCGACGCAUCAUGCACUCGAUCCUCAACAAGCAAAACUCGCCCGUCUUCGCACCCUUCCAAGACAUAGAAUCCAAGCAUCUCCUGUACGACUUUCUCCACCAUCCGGAGUUGUGGUACUCGGCCACCCAGCGUUUCGCCAAUUCGGUCAUCAUGAGCGUGGUAUUUGGCAAGCGCAUGGAGCUGGAAGAUCCCAAGAUACGAGAACUCUUUGAGACAUCCAACGCUGUCAUCGAGGCGAUUCAGCCUUCGGCCAAUCUCGUCGACUCCCUAACCUUCCUGGAAAGACUUCCCAAGAGUUUGCAAUGGUGGCGGCCGAGAGGGGAGGCCAUGUUUCAAAAGACUGUCAACAUCUACAGGCGGGAGGUCGAGGAAUUGGAGCAGAAGAUGAAAAACGGAACCGCGAGGGAUUGCUUCGCCACAAGGUUUCUCCGCGAUCCCGAGACCAAGAACUACGGGCAGACGCAGACGUACUUUGCACUGGGGUCUCUGAUGGAGGCUGGGAGCGAUACCUCUCGCAUGACCAUCAGCCAGGUCAUGGCCGCCGCGGUCCUCGACAAGCGAUGGGUCGACACCGCGCGGGAAGCCCUCGACCGAGUCUGCGGGAGGAAUGCCGAACGCCUACCAACUUUCGAGGACCGGGUCGACCUGACCUACAUCACGGCGACGGUCAAAGAGGCGUUCCGAUGGCGCCCGUUCGCCGAGAUUGGAGUGCCGCACAUGCUCAUCCAGGACGACGAGUACGAAGGCUACCGGUUCCCCGCGGGGACAUUGUUCACGUGGAACGCUACAGCCAUUGCGAUGGACCCGCGCGAGUACGAGCAACCGGAACGGUUCUGGCCCGAGCGAUUCCUCAACAACGACCUGGACCAUGUUUUGAAGGGACACUGGAGCUUUGGACCAGGAGAGACGAAUGUCUGGAUCGUGGUGGCACGACUCCUCUACUGUUUCGACUUUGAGGCCGUUCCAGUCAUCAUCGUUGGCGCCGGCCCGUCGGGCUUGCUGCUGGGUAUCCUGCUCGCCAAGCGAGGGGUAAAGGUACAAAUCCUCGAGGCGGCCGGAGAACUGGACAAGAAUCCCAGGGCGGCUCACUAUGCCCCGUCGGCAGUGUACGAACUGCAUCGGGCGGGAGUUCUCGACGACGUCAAGGCCCAAGGCAUCCAUCCCGAUGCGGUGUGCUGGCGCCAUCCCGACGGCACCUUCAUCGCGGGCAUUCGAAGUCGGUUCGACAUAGAAUUCCCCAUGGUUUGUCUGCCCCUGGAUCAACUCGAUGUCCUCCUCCUGCAACAUUUCCUGGCUCAGCCAGAUACCGAAGUUUUGUGGAACCAUAAAGUCGUCUCCAUCGAGCAGGAUGACAAUGAGGCCAGAGUCCACGUCGAAUCUCCGGAGGGCAAGAAGACGUUCGGCGCCGACUAUAUCGUCGGAUGUGAUGGGGCAAACAGCCAGAUCAGGCGCUCGCUUUUCGGUGAUCUGAAUUAUCCCGGGGAGACCCUACAGAAACAGAUCAUUGCCACCAAUGUAUAUUACGACUUCCAUAAAUUCGGGUACUGGGACUCGAAUUUCAUCAUCGACGAAAACGACUGGUACAUGGCGGCUCGAAUCACCCAAGACGGACUAUGGAGAGUAACGUAUGGCGACGUAUGGGGCCUGUCGAACGAAGAGUACCUUGCAAGACAACCCGAGCGGUACGAGAAAAUCCUGCCUGGGCAUCCGAAACCGGGAGAUUAUAAGCUCGUCAGCGCCAGUCCGUACAAGCUACAUCAACGAUGCGCCGAGUCUUUUCGGGUAGGGAGAUUCUUACUCGCCGCCGACGCUGCUCAUUUAUGCAACCCAUUCGGUGGAUUGGGCCUAACUGGGGGAAUUGCUGACGUAGGGAGCCUAUUCGAUGCUCUCGUGGCGUUGAAGGAGGGAAAAGCAGACGAUAGCAUCCUCGACAAGUAUAGUGAAGUCCGACGCAAGAAAUGGGCCGAGAUCAUCGACCCCAUGUCGCGAGCCAAUUUCCGACGUGUUUGUCUAGACGAGGCCGAGUCAGAGAGACAAGAGUUCUGGGAACUUUGUAAGAAGAUGGAAGAGGACGAGGAAUUAGCUCGGCAGAUGGCACAGGGAACGAAUAUACUGCGAGAGGAUUUUCGAGAGUAUUUGACCACUGGUGCGGCCUAG